GUGACGAUUCAUAAUGGAGAAGGACAUUUUUGGAGAUGGGUUUCCUAAAGCCUCAUAUAAUAAUCCGAUCAUUGCUGAUAUUGAGGUUAACAUCCAGGAACUCCAAUGUCUCUCCACCGAAAUUAGAGCCUGAGUCAAGUCCUGUUCAAGAGUCAAGUCCUGUUCCAGAGUCAAGUCCUGUUCCAGAGUCAAGUCCUGUUCCAGAGUCUGUGUACCUGUCCCUAGUUCCGGCCUGUCCUGUUCCCGUGUUCCUGCCUUGUCCUUCUGCCUUGACAGUCACGUCCUGCCCACCAAGUUCUGCCUGCCAUGUCCUGCCAGUCUCUGUCUGUGCCACAUCACCCCCCAGCUACCUGUGUGGCUGAGUCGUGCCAGGGGUAGCGACCUGGGUGCC